AUGGAAAAUGUGGAAAGUGGUGGUGGUGGCGUGGACGAUGCAGUGCCUACAUACACACCGGCUGAUCUUGAGCAGGAUGCAAGUAGAAUGAUGGAAUACAUCCAGCCGCCCUUGCCAGCGGAAACAAAGCGUAUGGCCAGCACAGACGCUGAUUUACGGCUGAUGUCUGUGCUGCUUCCGGACGUGGCUGCAGACCGGGUCGCCGCUUUGGUCCGCACUGCCGAAGCAGAAAAUGAGCAAGCUAUGAUGCAGCUCCAAGACGCCGAAAAUAAGCUACGUGAAUGUAUCAACGAAGCCUUCAUCUUGCAAGGCGAGCCUACGGACGACAACGACGACGUCUCGUUGUCCUUGGAGCGCCUCGCGACCCUUGCAAACACGAAGACUGCUGCUUUGUCGCGAUCUAGUUCAUCUAAAAAUGAAACACAGCAACAACAUUCUACUGAGCUCGCAGAGCUGUAUGCCGCACGUGCAUGCACUCAACUUCUUGCUGAUGCAGAAGAAGCUAUGGCGCUAGCCCAUACAUCGUCUCAUACACAACAGCAGCUCGUUGCGCUUGUUCGUCUCGCAACGCUUGUAGAAGAUGCACAGCACCGCGGCCCAAGUGCGAGUCCAAUGCUAUCACGCACGAUUGCCAUACUCACUGCUCGCCGUGAUGAGCUGAACGAGCGUCUACGAAUUUCUUGCACAGAUGCACUUCGUUCCGCUAUGCGCGCAGCUGCAUGGCCACCAGUCGCAUACGAGAGCCCAGAGAAGUUUUCUUCAAAUACCCCACGGUUCCAAUUGCUGGGGCAUCCUGCGUUGGAGCGCGCUUGGACUGAUGUGUGUGAAUGGCAAUUUACCGCUGCAUCUGUUGGUUUGACCAAGCCACCUACAUGCAUCCAGGCACCGGCCACUAUUUCUGGUGUUGACAGACUACACGCCAUGCCGGCCGCACCCGGUUCUGAUGCCUACGUGCCGCUUGUUGCCGUGCAGGUCAUGAUGGAGCCAAUUCUCCUCCGUUUUCGCUAUCAUUUCGACGGUGCACGACCCACGAAUCGUCUCGAUAAGCCGGAGUGGUUCCUUGCGCAUGUAGUCGGUCUUAUACAGGUGCACCGUCACUUGUUUGAGCCAUCGCCUGAUCCAUGGACCCAUGGCGGCGAUGUCGCAGAGCUCACGAGGAAACGCAGCGGCGCCAUGCACGAUGCUCCACUUCGCCAGCGGUAUGUCGCUGUAGAUGCGCCAUCGGAACUCUUACAUACACUGUUGCAUCCAUUGCGGCAGAAGAUCCAAGCCUCCAUGGAGCGACUCGUACAUGAACGCGCGCUGCUCGCACACAACAUUCUCCAGCUCAUUACAUUUGACAUUGAUCUGCGCGAUACAUAUGCACCUGCUCGGCUCGUUGCCAAUGGCCACGGUGCCGUGCGCCUGGCUGACGAGAUCUUAGGAAACGAAGCUUGGUUCCAGGCCUGGGUCAAUAGUGAGCGUACUUUCGCAGAGCGACGCUUCGACACGCUAUUACAGGCCCCCGGCGCUUGGACGCUCGUACAGUCAGAUACCAUGGACGAUGAAGAGGAAUUACCAGAGAAUGCUUCAGACGAUACUGCUGAAAUCGAUGCCGACACAACCACGCGCUGUGCGUGUUCUCUUAUGAAUAUGCUCGCGGGCGUCACCGAGCGAUACCGCCCAUUGCAAUUGUUGCCCCAACGUUGUGCCUUUAUCAUCAAGGUUCAACGGCCCCUGCUCGAUGUCUUGCACAACCGUCUUGUGCGUCAUCUUGACGCAUUUGAAAACAUGAGCACGGCUUUUUCCCGCGCCCUACCUGGGGACAUCGCUUCCUUCUCCGCCGGUCCUGGUAGUGACUUGGUUCGUGGUGAACAUGGUGUGACGCGCGUUGCCAAAGCACUCCUAUCUGCCGAAUAUGUGAAAAAACAGUUGCAGGAAUGGUCUGAAUCGACGUUCUUCCUCAGUAUGGCACAUGAUGUUGCAGGACUCGAGAAAUCGUCGCCUCUUUUUCGUAUUAUGACGUUGAAAAUCUCGAAAGAUGACAUUGAUUCCGCCAGCUUGGUGUCUGUUUUACAGCGUGGGCUCCAGCGCGGUGCUUCGGCUGCUACUCAUUUGCGCCCUUUGGCGCCUUCAUCCCAAGCGUCAACCAAAGGAGAGUCUCCAUAUUCGUACGAAUCUCCAGACACUGCUUCAUCAAAUGUCCCCGGCAUUUGGGACUAUCAUAUCAGCAAAUUUGACAGUAUUGCAACUCGCUCGGCCCAUGCUUUAGAGCGAUUAACUGUGACGGAAGUAUUGGAGUUGCUCAAGCCCUAUAUUUUACGCCGUUGGGAUCGUGAUGAGUUAGGCGCUGGUCCUGACGGCGUAGACUCUGUAUCUAACUUAGAUGAACAAGCCAUGCGCCAAGAAGUUCCUUCGCGCGAACUCGUCCCUGCACUGUCGAAACUGACCAAAAUGCUUCAGCUUAUGGUACAAGUCCUUCCCCCGAACCUUCUCUUACCUGUCUAUCGACACAUCGCUUCAUCGCUUAGUCACGCUAUUGUUGAACGGAUACUCAUGCCAAAUGCCCGUUUUUCACAACAAUUCACAGCCGCACAAGCGGUGCGCUUUUGUCUUGACGUCGAUCAAGGCUGGCUCCAUGUCGUCAGAGAAAUCGAUAAUCACCCCAAGGUGGCUGCAAGACGCAGUAAAAAUGCACCAACGGGCCUUGGGCGCAAUCCAGAGUUAGCAUGGCGCCUGCUCAUAGAUGCUAGCAAGGAAUUGCGACAGAAGUAA